GUCCCCUAUCAUGAUGUUGACCCCUUGUGCCUCGAUCGGCUCACUGAAGAAGAAAAAAUGCAAAUUAUGGACGAAGCCAGGAAAUUCGGCAUCGCGUAUAUAAUCCAGGAGUACAUCAUGACCGGGGUCCAUACAGUGAAGAAGUUACUGCUCAUGACCACGCCUGAGGAGGUGAGGGACGUAUGGUGCUCAUGUACUAUCUCUAUGCCUUGGUGCUUUUAGUCCAUAGAAGUUAAAGUGGUGAUUAAUAUUCUGUAUAUGAUCUUUUUUAUUUUUUUUUUAUUUUUUUUACACUUAAAGCUCAAGAUUUCCGCCAGCCUAACAGAAGCGGAUCUUGUGUGCAUCUUCUCGCAACGUAUGGAAAGGGAGCUUAAGCAUCGUCAGAGGCUUCAGCACGUCCAUACUCUCGAGCACGUCAUAGAACUCUUAAAAAAUUCCCAAAAGAUUAUGAUUCUCACAGGUGCUGGCGUCUCAGUGUCCUGUGGCAUUCCUGACUUUAGGUCGCCUGAUGGUGUAUAUUCCAGACUUUCAGAAUUCGAACUGGAUGAUCCAACGCAGAUGUUUGAGUUUGAGUUCUUUAGUGAGAAGCCUGAAGUCUUUUACUCGUUUGCAAGAGAGAUUUUCCCUAGCAAUUUUACGCCAAGUUCUUCUCACAAUUUUAUCAAGUUGCUAGAAGACCAAGGAAGGUUGCUAAGGAAUUAUACACAAAACAUUGAUACGUUGGAACAAAAAGCAGGAAUUCAAAAUGUUUUGCAAUGCCAUGGCUCAUUUGCAACUGCCAGUUGCAUUCGAUGUAAAUUUCAAGUUCCUGGCGAUGAAAUCAAGGAUGCAAUCCUGAAACAACAAGUUGCAUACUGCAAACACUGCGCAAGCUCAAACUCAAACCAUGGAUUUAAUUCAACGGAAACAUCUAGAGAACAAGGCACCGACAUCGAGGAUUCGAAUCGAGAUGGCACUGAACCGGCUGUGAUGAAGCCUGAUAUUGUGUUCUUUGGUGAGCGGCUACCAUCGGCAUUUGACGAUUGCUUUGAAAAGGACCGAAAUGAAGUUGACUUGCUUAUUGUCAUUGGAAGUAGUCUUAAGGUUGCACCUGUGAGCGACAUCAUGCAUCAAUUGCCGAAGAAUAUCCCACAAAUCCUGAUCAACAGGACCCCAAUAACUCAUAUGGAGUUUGAUGUUCAACUUUUGGGCAACUGUGAUACAAUCGUGGCAGAACUCUGCAGGAUGGCUGGAUGGGAGCUCCGACAUGAAAGGUUACCUGGUGGGACUUCAAAUGUACCAAAUAUGGGUAUGAACACCAACGCGGAUGGGUCGGGCAGAGGCGGCCGUGCCUAUUGGUCGCUUAUUGAACCAAACACCUAUAUCUUUGAAGGCGCCAUCUUGGGUGAUAUUGAGUACGAAUCAAGUCAAAGUGGUAGCAAGAAACGUGGAUGCUUUGACCAUUGUGUUGUAGAUGACUAUGGUAUUAGUAGCGAUGAAGAUGAGGAAAGUCAGAGAAGAACAAGUUUUUUGCGCGUAGGUCGCUUUAGUUCGCCUGGAGUUAUGGACAUGGACAGCGAUGAUGGUAACAGCGACGGUGGCAGCAAUGAUAGUGGCAGCGACAGCGACAGCGACAGCAAUGAAAGUCAGCACACUGUGCGCAGUAUAUCAAUUGUCCCAACUAACUCUGGAACAUCUAACUCUGCCAUCGACUCUGUAAUAUGUCCAUCCUUGGUAACUCCUUCAGAUAUGGCGUCAGAGGCUAUAGGAUCACGAUGUAGUGUUCCUGAUAUCCGUGCAGGGACAUCUUCCUCACCAUCACUACCGUCAUCUCAAGAGGAACCAUGUGCUCGCAGACAACCACAUGAAGAAAGAGAUGAUAAGAGCAAGCUGCGCGCCACGUUGGAGGGAAGAACGCCACAAGGGGCUAGUAAAAUCGAACUUGAAUCAAUCGUAGAGUCUGGAGGGACUCGCUCUCCUUCUCAUGAUUACAAUUGCGCCCACGAAAUCCGUCAACUAAGUGUAGAUUCGGAUUUAGUUUUUGAUGAUUCUUUGAAGGCGACUAUUCUGCUACAGCAAGACGGUAAUGUUGUAUCGCAGGUGAUAAAUGAACUUCCUGGUCAGUCAAGUCUUAUAACUGAGCCUAUGGAGGAGAAUAUUGAUCAUGGCCACAAAUGCUGACACUGAAGGCGAUUCGUUUAGACAGCAUAGAGACUAUUAGAUUAAUUAUUUAGAUUUACUAUGUAUAAUGUAAUAACUACUGUUCUGAGCAUAAAGUUUUCAAGGAAUG